UUAAAAAAAUAUAUCUGGGCUUCAGUUUUCACAAAAUGUCUUUGCCCUCAAAAUCCCGUCAACUUAAUAUUUUCUUUACCAUUAUUCUGCUGGGAUCAAUUAGUGAUACAAUAUCAGAAAGCAAAAAUGAAAACACUUUAAAAACAGAAGGCGCAGUAGCGUACCCUGCGAUCAAUUGUAGAAAGCAUAGCGCAUCUUUAACAGAAUUUGGAGGAGUUGGUGACGGAAAAACAUUGAACACAAAGGCAUUUCAAUCUGCUAUUGCCAAUCUAAGCCAAUAUGGUCCUGAUGGUGGAGCACAGCUUAUUGUACCACCAGGUAAAUGGUUAACUGGAAGCUUUAACCUUACUAGCCAUUUCACCCUUUUUCUACAAGAGGGUGCUGUUCUUCUCGCUUCUCAGAAUGAGGCAGAUUUUCCUAUAAUCGAUACAUUACCUUCUUAUGGGAGAGAGCAAAAUUUUACUGAUGGAAGAUUCGCCAGCCUUAUUCUUGGAAUGAACCUCACUGACGUUGUAAUUACUGGUCAUAAUGGCACGAUUGAUGGGCAGGGUGCUCCCUGGUGGGACAGGUACAAGCAGGGUCUAUUAAAGGCGACCAGGCCAUUUCUAAUUGAGCUCUUGUACACUAAUCAGCUCCAAAUAUCGAACAUUACUUUAACUAAUUCUCCAUCUUGGCACGUCCAUCCUAUAUAUUGCAGUAAUGUGGUGAUUCAGGAGGUGACGAUUCUUGCUCCUGUUGAAGUCCCCAAUACAGAUGGCAUUAACCCAGAUUCAUGCACAAACGUUCGGAUGGAAGACUGUUACAUUGUCUCGGGAGAUGACUGCAUUGCUAUUAAAAGUGGAUGGGACCAGUACGGAAUUAAAGUUGGAAUGCCCACGCAACAUCUUGUUGUAAGAAGGCUAACCUGCAUUUCCCCAAAGAGUGCUACCAUAGCAAUUGGUAGUGAGAUGUCCGGUGGAAUUCAAGAUGUUAGAGUAGAGGAUGUCACAGCCAUCAAUACUGAAUCUGGUGUUAGGAUCAAAACUGCACCUGGAAGAGGAGGCUAUGUUAAAGACAUAUUUGUAAGGAGGAUGACCAUGAAGACCAUGAAGUAUGUUUUUUGGAUUACAGGCGCUUACAAGACACACGUAGAUAAUGGGUAUGAUCCAAAUGCACUGGCUCAGAUUAACAAUAUAAAUUACAGAGACAUUGUAGCAGAAAAUGUGAAUAUCACAGCAUCGCUUGAUGGAUUUGAUAAGGCUCCCUUUACUGGAAUCUGCAUUUCUAAUGCAACUGUAACAUUGAGUGAAACUGCUAAAAAGGUGCAAUGGAACUGCACUAACAUACAGGGAGUUACAAACAAUGUGACCCCUCAACCUUGUGAUUUAUUGCCCCAAAAAGCCAUGGACUGCUCUUUCCCAGAGGAUAAGCUGCCAAUUGAAACCAUUCAAAUGCAAACUUGUACUCUGAUGUGAAUAUAUUAUAAUUAUAUAUUCAUGCUGUAAAUGAUUGGUUGGUAGAAUUAUUGUCAACCAUGCUUCAUUCCAUAAUAAGA